AUGGAGGAGGAGCUCAAACGAGACGAUCACUCCGGCGAGACUGAGGGUGAGGCAGAUGGCGGUCUAAGGGAAGUCUCCCGGACGACGGCAGCGUCUGGCCCCCCAUCACCGACGAGGACGACGAGUGAGAGUGUUGCUCGCGGUCGUCGGACGAACGUGGAAACUUCCGCGAACGGACGGCGCCGCGCCCGCACACUCUCUCUGCCGAGACGACGGAUCGAGCCGCCGAUUCCCCUGGCAAAGGAGGAACUUGCCGCCGCCAUGGCCAUGCUGACUCCCGAUGAGUAUUUCAUCGCCAUGCAACAUCUGACCACGGGAACACAUACGGACAGGGUGGAGAGCGGGAAACGCGCCGGCCGCGUAAACCCGAGUCGCAGCUUCGCGGACGCUUCUAAGGGGAAGCCGGCCGCCCACUCCGAGAGGCCACGGCCGCUCGCGGGGGAGGCCGCACCGGCACCGCAGCCGUCGCAGCUGCCCUCGCCCGCGGCGCCGCCUGCAGUCGGGGAGGCUGGCUUGCCGGCGCCCGCGGCUGUAGGAGGGGUUGCCGCCCGUGCUGGGCGUUCCCGGCACGCCGCUCCGCUGCCGACUACGGGAAACUUCGCGAAGGAGUCAAACCUUCCCGAAACGGCGAAGGAAGACACCACCGAGCUGGCCGCGCUUCUGCGGUCGCUCAACCAGCUGAUGACGCAGCUACCAGUCCUCGUGGGAGCAGUGACGGCGGCCCUCCAGGCCACCGCCGGAAGAAGCCAGCCCUAA